GUCGACACAACCUCAUAUUGCAGCAUAAAAGAGAAGGGGGGAGGCAAAACCAUGCCCAAAGCAAACGCCCGUCGCCUCGACCAGGCGGAGAAAAACGUGCUGGUGCACCUCCUGCAGGCGCCCAAGCUCACCAACGGCGACAUCGCCAAGAUCAUCGACGUGGACGAGCGGACUGUUAGCCGGCGAAGGAGACAGCUGCGCACAUUAGGACAUUUAAGCCCAGAAAAAAAUUUCAAGGGGGCGGAGAAGUUGCGGCCGUGGCAUCUUGAGGAGAGAGAGAGAGACAGAGUGGGCUUACCACUUCCACAGAGAAUCAUCGCGCUCCUCGCCGAGAACAACGACCUUCAUCUUAAGGACGUGCAGGAGUUCUUAAAGAAGGAGUUCGACCUGCACGUUACCGUCUCGACUAUCAGCCGACAACUGUCGAGAGCCAACCAUGCGAGGGCAAGAAGGCCGGGAUAUAAGACUACAAGGCCGGACCUGCAGGACGAGGCCGAGGCCGAGGCUCAGGCACAAGUGCAGGCGCAAGCACAGCAACAGCUGCAGCCAGCCGACACCCGGGUCCAGGAUGUACAGGCCCCGACCCAGCCACCGUUGCAGGGAGGCCAGGACCUGAGCGCGUUGCAGCAGCAGCAGCAGGAAGAGGCGAGUGCGUCACCAUCCGUACGUUCACGACAGUUGCCCCUUCCUCCUCUUCAGCAGCAGCAGGAGCAGCAGAAGUCAUCGGUGGAGCAAAUCCCGACUAUACGGUUGGCCUGUCCUUUCUACAGGCACAAUCCGCAGAGGUAUAUAAGCACACCGUUCUGCCAGAGCAGUUGGCAUAGUGUACGUGAUGUCAAGGAACACGUCUUCCGGCAGCACAUGCAGCCUAAAUUCAGAUGCAAUCGCUGUAUGCAGAUUUUCGCAGACGAUGAGUCCCUUGUUCUCCACCAGCGAUUACCUGAGCCGUGUCUCUUGAGCGAAUGGCUAGACUCAGAAGGGUGUGACGAGGCGGCAAAAGAAAAAAUACGAAAAGGAGACAGGGGCGACGAGAACGAGCGCUGGAAACGCAUGUUCCGGAUCCUCUUCCCAGACGUCAAAGCUGAAGCUGCCCCGGACGGCCUGAUCGAUCCCCAGGUUGCCACCCCUGCUUCCCCUGCGGAAACGUGCUUUCAAACAGCAGCUCCCAUCGAUCCGAGUCUGGAAGGCUGGCAUGGUCCAUCGGCAACCGAUGGCUGACUGAGUGUUGAUGGUGGCGUAAUGUC